GGGCGGCGCCGCGACGCUCCGAGCGGGGGUCGACUCGACGCUCCGAGCGGGGGUCGACUCGACGCUCCGAGCGGGGGUCGACUCGACGCUCCGAGCGGUGGUCGACUCGACGCUCCGAGCGGUGGUCGACUCGACGCUCCGAGCGGUGGUCGACUCGACGCUCCGAGCGGUGGUCGACUCGACGCUCCUCGGGGA